UAGCUCAAACGUCGCUAUCUACUGGGGAGCGCCCGUGCCGUUAUUCUUCUCCAAGCUUGACUACAGGACAUAUUUCCUUGCGUUGUUGCAAUAUAAAUAUUACAUAAUAUGCUUUGACUCCAGAUUUUUUUUAAAUGUCGACAAAAAUAAACAGACGAUGAUCGAUCUGUCGUCACGUAAGGGUGGACCAAAAAUCGUUUCAUUUUCAGAGGGGAAUAACGUUAGGGAAUAACGUCAUCUGUCAAACAUGUCAGGAAAACAUUUCAACGCCCACGAAGUAGGCUGUUGUAUCAAAUAUUUUAUAUUUGGAUUUAAUAUAAUAUUUUGGCUCCUGGGGGUGGCGUUCCUCUCCGUGGCUCUGUGGGCUUGGAGUGAGAAGGGUGUGCUAUCUAAUAUCUCCUCCAUCACUGAUCUGGGGGGGUUUGACCCCGUGUGGCUAUUCCUGGUGGUCGGGGGGGUGAUGUUUGUGCUCGGGUUCGCCGGCUGCAUUGGAGCACUGAGGGAAAACUCCUUUCUGCUGAAGUUUUUUUCCGUGUUUUUGGGGAUCAUAUUUUUCCUUGAGCUGACUGCCGGAGUGCUGGCAUUCGUCUUCAAGGACUGGAUCAAAGAUCAGCUCAAGUUCUUCAUCAACAACAACAUCCGAGCCUACCGUGAUGACAUCGACCUGCAGAACCUCAUCGACUUCACACAGGAAUACUGGGAGUGUUGUGGAGCAUUUGGUCCAGCGGACUGGAAUCUGAACAUCUAUUUUAACUGUACUGACACCAACCUGAGCCGAGAGAAAUGUGGAGUACCCUUCUCCUGUUGUACUAAGGACCCUGCUGAAGACGUGAUUAACACCCAGUGUGGCUAUGACAUCCGAGCCAAAGGUGACUCUGAACAGAAGACUUUCAUCUACACCAAAGGCUGUGUGCCACAGUUUGAGAAGUGGCUACAGGAGAACCUCACAGUGGUUGCCGGGAUCUUCAUAGGAAUCGCGCUGCUACAGAUAUUUGGAAUCUGUUUGGCACAGAACCUCCUCAGUGACAUUGAGGCUGUGAGAGAGAGCUGUUUAUUCACCUGACAAGCAAAACCCGAUCUUCCUGCUGUCGCUUAGCAACUCAACCAACACGACGCCAUCUCAGUGUCCUAGCAACCAACAAGGAAUUUUCAUACCUUCUUUUUCUGGAAAAAAGGUUUUUUGAAAUGUUGCCAUGUAAACAGAGAAUAACCAGAAAUAUGUAACCUUUUCAAAAGUGGUGCAGAAUAGUAGAUGGAGAAAUAGCUGCUUUAGUGUUCCCGUUGUUCAGACAUGACUGCAAUACUUCCAGUGACCACAGUGUGUCACUGUAGUUUACGUGGUGCCCGUGAAGAACUCAAACUCCAUUUAAUAAACAUACCGCGUUCAUACAUCGUUGAUUUUGCACUGAAAGUUGUAUUGUCCCUUCAUAAGCUCCCGCAAGUUCAGUUAGGAACCUGCGAAUACUCUCUUCUGUAAUGAUCAUGGUGCUGUAAGUACAAUAAACAAACGGGACGUCACGUUUUCCUGAGAAAACACUACUUAAUCUCCCACCUUAUUAUCUCGAAUCUUUCCAUUUUCUAUAAGGUUAGUACAACAUAGCUCUCGUUAAGAUGUGAAGUGUAAAUAGGUCGUUUGUAAGCACCGCUUCUGUCCUUGUUUGUAAACUGAUGUUUGUUGGUGUCUCACUUUGCCUGUUAAAGUUCUGGCACAGGGAAUCGACGGCACUGCAUGCGUACUAAACAUAACACUCGGUUUUCCACAGUAUUUAGUUAUAUAGUUCUAUUCUUUUGUGGUGAAUAAUUGCAGUGCGAUCGUGGUUCAAAGGCGCGGAUGCCAUUCUGAGCGUCAAAUAUUCUGACUGCGAGGCGCAUUUUAACCUGCUGUUCUGAAAGAAACUUAAAACAAAUUCUACUUUACGUCCUGCUCCAUUUUGAGAGUACUUUGCACUUAAAUUAGCUUUUUUAAUUAGCUUAGGCUGUUUUAAACACACAGCAUGAGGAGAUUUGCAUAGAAUUACAAACCAUUGCAGCUGAACAUUUAGUUUGCAUUUGGUAGUGGAAAGUAUUUGGUUGGUGGUGCGCAGUAGAACUUGACAGGUGUCGCAGCCAAUCAUUGGACCGCAUCACUAACAGAUGGCUUAUAUCUUAUUUGAUGGCGCAGCCAAUUAGAAGUGGGAUUUACCAGUGCCGUGAAAGAUAGACGACGACCCAGACUUGGCACUUGUGUUAUUGUUUCCUACGGGGUUUCUCUUGGAUAUUAUUCACUUCUUUUGCUUGUUGUUAACGUGGUUGUUUUGGUUUGACUUUGAAAUCUUUUUACGGUAUUGUAUUUGACAACGUAAAGGAGCAUCUUUUACUAAGAUGGCGGUAUUGCAUAACAAUAAAGUUUGAUAUGUUUUUGUAA